CUAAAUCAUCGUCCAACAAAUAAGGGAGAAACAAGGAAUAUAAACAACCACAAACAACCACAACAAAGCUCCAAUAGCGGCUCCGGGUUGGUUUGACAAGAGAUAAUUUCUAAAGUAUCAUGGGUAUUCCAAAGUUCUUUAGACUCAUCUCUGAGAGAUGGCCUCUUAUAUCGCAAUUGAUUGAGGGAAAUCAGAUACCUGAGUUUGACAACUUGUAUCUCGAUAUGAACUCGAUCUUGCACACCUGUACUGCUCGUAACAAGGAAGCUGACAGCUCCAAGAGAAUGACUGAAGAUGAAGUGUUUAGUGCUAUCUUUGCUUACAUCGAUCAUCUUUUCGAUACUAUCAAACCACAAAAGGUGUUUUACAUGGCGAUUGAUGGUGUUGCACCAAGAGCUAAGAUGAACCAGCAGAGAUCUAGAAGUUCCUCAAAUGCCACCACCUAUGAUGAUGAUUCCACAAGGCUUCCCACCACAAGGAUUUGUUUCUAUGCCAAUUCCAGGGUUGAUUCCAAUACCACCGCAUAUGAUUCCAGGAGCUAGUCAAUUUAUCCCAGCGCAAGUCCAACCUCAAAAUGCGCCAAUUCCUCCACAAGAUGCUAUUCCAUCAGAAGCUAUUGAUGCCUCCAAUAAGGGAUCUAACAACUUUAGAGGAAGAGGUAGAGGUAGAGGAGGAAGAGGUCGUGGUCGUGGCAGAGGUCGUGGUGGAAAGCCUAGUGGUGAAACCUCACGUGCAACUGAGACCGCAGG